ACAUUUGACAUUAUUCUUUUGCGAUAUUUGUAAUAACACUGUUCUGUGCUUGCACACUUGUAAAUAACAUUUUCUUUUAAAAAGAAGCAGACAAUUCAAAGCAGAAAAAAAAGACACGAACAACCGCACCACAAAAUUUCAUUCGAACCAAAGUGUGUUCGGUGCAAAUUCCAAAUUGUUGUCGUUGGUGUACCAAACUAAAUGACGCUCGAAGUGAAUCAGCUCACAAAUGAUCCGACAGCAGCAUGGCGAGAAAUGUGCAAAAUUCAACGUGUGAUUAAAAUCACGAUGAAACCACCAAAUCCAGACGUACAAAAAAAUAAAGUUCGCGUUGUUUGCAUGAGUGACACACAUUCACUGACGCCACACAUCAAAUUCGAUAUACCUGAUGGUGAUAUUUUCAUUCAUGCCGGCGACUUCACAAAAUGUGGGCGAAAGGAAGAAGUUAUCGAAUUUAAUACAUGGAUUGGACAAUUACCACAUAAAUACAAACUAGUGAUUGCUGGCAAUCAUGAGCUAAGUUUCGACCAAACGUUUACGCAUCCAUUUCAAAAUUUGUCCAGCGGAGCUGACAAAGAUCGCCGCCUACAUACGGGAAUAUCGAUUUUGGACGAAAUUCCAACGCUGGGCAAUUCGAAGGAGAGUCUCACGGCGGCUGUACAAACCGAAAAUGUUCGACAGUAUUUAACCAAUUGCACGUAUCUGCAGGAUGAAUUAAUUGAGAUUUAUGGUUUGAAAAUAUAUGGAACGCCCUGGCAACCGGAGUUCUGUAAAUGGGCAUUUAAUGUGCCACGCGGCAAAGAUUGCUUAGACAAAUGGGAUAUGAUACCAGCGAAUAUUGAUGUACUGAUUAGUCAUACGCCUCCACUUGGGCAUGGUGAUCUGUGUUGCACGAAUGUACGUGCCGGUUGCGUUGAAUUGCUGUCAACUGUUCAGCAGCGGGUUAAACCGAAGUAUCAUGUUUUUGGCCAUGUUCACGAAGGCUAUGGCAUCACCUCCGAUGGCAAAAUCAUUUUCAUCAAUGCAUCCACAUGCGAUAUUAACUACUUGCCACACAAUCCACCCGUUGUUUUUGAUAUAACGUUACCGCCCGGUUUCAGCAAAGAUUAACUGCUUAGUGCCAAUUCACGUUGCUUCUGCUUUAAGUUCCAGACGAAACAGAACCAAAAUACUCAUUCGUUGUGUUGUUGGCUGAAAGUCUUGUUUUUAGUCCUUGUUUGUAACAUUAGCUAAAACCGAAUGUGAUUCGCUCAAUAUUUUAGUAAUUUAUUUAUGCAUAUUUUUUUUCUCCUUUUUUUACCUUACAUUAAUUUUUGCUUAAAUUGUCGACGAGACGAGAUUACACACAUACAAAAAAGACAAAUGCUCGCUACAUGUAUUAUUUAACAUGAGAGUAAUUAGACUUAUUUGGUAAUUUCCCACUGAAAAUUAAAAACAAACUAAAAUAAAAUAGAAAAAAAACUCAACCAUUGUAAUUUUAUAAUUAGAAUGUAACCGAAUAAGUCGUUCAAAUAAAAUGAAAACACACAAUUUUAUUAAUGAAAACAACAAA